CCUUACCGUGAGAUCAUCUCAUAUUAUCAUAAUCAUGGCGGCGAGUGAUUCCAUUACUCCCCGUACGCACUAUCCUCGCGCUAUCUCUCUCUCUCUCUCUUUCGUUUUUUAGGCACUAGGGUUUCCGCAUUGUGAGCUACGGACUGGCGGCGCAAUGUCUCCUGAAGCGCCGCCGUUCUCCAGGGGAGACAAAGUCGAAGUCCUCAACCGCGAGCAUUUCUCAAUAUGGUUCCCCGCGGCUGUGCUCCGGCCGCUUGCGAGGAGGAACGGCGGGGCCGAUCAGAUCUACGUCGAAUUCGAGACGUUGUGUUCCGACGAUGAUCCCACCAGGCGGCGGAAGGAGUACGUCUGCGCCUCCUCUGUCCGCCCUGCUCCGCCGCGAGAAACGUGCUGCUAUUUUAAAGUUGGGGACAGCGCCGAUGUUCUCUAUGAACAGAGAGGGUGGAGGACUGGGACGGUGGACGAAAUUCUGGAGAACUCGAUGUACGCCGUGACUCUAGGAGGCGAAAAUGAGGCGGCGGAGAGCGUGGCGGCGGAGCAAUGGCAAUUGCGGGUCCACAGGGAUUGGAAAGACGGGUCCUGGGAUCCACCGGUUGAACAUCAAUCUGACCCUUACUCCCAUCAGUGCCAACACUCACAGAAAUCUGAAGAUUCGGUAAUGACAGCAAGUGGUAUCAAACUCCGGAUCAAGUGUAACAGAAGACCCCGAGGUAGGAAGUUCAGCAAGGAAAAGCUUGUGGAGGUUAGGCAUAGUGGUGAAGGUUCUGAUGUAUCUUGGUAUGCUGCAGUUAUGAUGGAUGUAUUAAGAAACGGGAAACUCUUGGUACAGUAUCAGUCCUUAAAGACAGAAAAUGGGAUUGAACUUCUCGCAGGAGAGGUUGAUGCAUCAUGCGUCAGGCCAUUUCCACCUGAAAUUGAAAGGGUCAAUCCUUUUGACCAUCUUGACAAAGUUGAUGCUUGGUUUGAUAAAGGAUGGUGGGAGGGAUAUGUGUGGGAGGUUUUUGAAGAUAUGAAUUACGUGGUAUGUUUAGGGUCCACAAAUCAACUCUCAACAUUUGCACAUUCUAACUUGAGGCCUCACCAAGACUGGAUCAAUAACAAAUGGGUUGCGGCUUCAAAGGUACAGUUUGAUUUGCCAAGGAGCACAAAUGAUGUGACAGCAAAGUCAAUUGCCGCAAAGUUGAAGAUGAAGGGUGAUGCAAAGGUGUUAGGUCCUAAGUUCAGUAAGGGAAUGAUGGUAGAAGCCACAAGCUAUGAAGAAGGUUACCAUGGUUCUUGGUUCACUGCUCUCAUUUUCGACACCAUGGAAGAGGAGAACGAGUAUGUGUUGCAAUAUCAGACUCUGAAAACAGAUGAUGAAUCUGAACUCCUAAAGGAAAAAGCAGAUGCCUUCAAUAUUCGCCCUUGCCCCCCCAUCAUCCAACAGGUUGAUCGCUUCAAAAUGUUUGAACAAGUUAAUGCGUGGUACAAUGACGGGUGGUGGGAGGGUCUCAUUUCCAAAGUUCUUGAAGGCUUAAAGUAUGUGGUGUAUUUCUGGAACACAAAUGAAGAAAUAGAGUUUGAACAUUAUGGUAUUAGGCCUCAUCAAGAGUGGAUUGAUGGAAAAUGGAAAAUUGCUUUCAAUGAGUCCAACAAACUACCCAAUCCCAACCUUGGGUUAAUGAAGAGAUGCAGCACCAUGAUUGGCUCAGGAACGCGUUUUUGCAAUGGAGAGAAGGUGGAGGUUAUAGUUGGGGACGAAAAUCAGCUUGGACAAACUUGGUAUUAUCCGGCUUUGAUUUUGAGGCCAAUAGGCAAUGCCAAGUACUUGGUAGAGUUCAGGACGCUUAAAUAUGAUCAUGCAACCGAACUGUUGAUUCACGUAGCAGAUGCUUUGUGUAUAAGGCCUUCCCCUCCUCUACUGCAAAGAACUGACCGAUACAGAGCUCUUGAUGACGUUGAUGCUUGGUUCAUUAAUGGUUGGCGGGUUGGUCGAGUAUGCAAAGUUCUUGAGGGUGGGCGGUACAAUGUAUAUUUUGAGACUACAAAUGAGAUAUUAGAAUUUCGGCAUAAUGGAUUGCGGCCUCAUCAGGAUUGGAUAAAUAGCACAUGGGUGAAUCCUAAACAACGGGUGCCUUAGGGACAAGACCUCCGAUCCAUUCCCACAUUGGAUUCAUUCAAUUGAUCGAAUACCCUUAGUAGUUGAUGUUUAUCUUGCUACGAAAGUAGUAAUGCUGUAUGCGUAAAUACUGCUUCUAGCAGCUUUCCGGAUGUUGUUUUGCAGGAGUAGCAAGGCACCACCAACAUCACCCAAUGUUCAUUAUAGGUGCGAGUAUUAGGUAAACGCGGCGGUUCGUGUCCAUUCCCACUAUGCACAGCUCUGACUUUGAAAAUAGGAUUAGAUGAAAGCGGAUUGAAGACGCGAUCACUUGUCUUCUUUCACACCAUGGAUAUAUUAUUAGUUUAUUAAUCAACGUAAAUUGGGAGAGGUUAGGAAGAACUCUCACUCUGAUCUUUCAUUAAUGUUUUGAUGAUCCGUCAAAAAUACUCCCUUACCGGGAAAGGUUUGAUAUGACAUAUAUGACAUGUGAUCCAUAAAAUGUUACCCCGUAU